AUGCUGUCUGAAAACGAACCCCAGCACAGAUCCCAGCGCGGGCCCGAAGAUGAAUCAGAUUCCGAAGACGAAUCAGAGUCUGAAGAAGAACCGGAGGUCUUGGGACAAAGUAGAACAGCGAAUCAAAGUGAUGAGAUUGACGACGAGGAAAGCGCCUCCGAUGAUGAAGACCAAGACGGAAAGAGAGUUCCGGAUCACGACUUUAUGACUGGUAUUCGCGGGUCAGCAGGCCCUCGUCGAGGUUAUUCGAUGAAUCCUAAUCGCAGUCCAGCAGUCGUCCACUGUCCAGAUGCGACAAAAUUACAUAUCGAAUAUAUUAGAAAGGGCAAAUACCACAUGAUUUGGUUCGGAGGAACAUGCAAGGUCCGGGGAGGCCAAAACAUGCCUUUCUGCUGGAGCAGACUUCCUAAUAAUAAGCCAGAGGUCGAGUUUGAUUGGCACAUCAAAGAACAUAUUGCGCAGUUGAAUCGCUUGAGGAACGACAAGUCUAGGCAAAUCACCGGCAUUACCAUACGGGAUUCAACCGGUGGGCCAUUUAACACGUACGAGGAGCAAUGGCUCGUGGAGCAGGAAGCUAUGUGCAUCGAGGAGAAGUUCUGGACGAGGGCCGGUCAAGCUUUCGGCCAGCCCAAUACAACGAAUCCCCAGCAGUUCCAAGGGGCCCAACGGCCGUUCCAGGAUCGCCCACUUUCCCGGUCCCAUUGA